AUGGCGCUGUUUUCUCUUGGUUUGGGCAAUAUCCUUGGUGUGGCUCUUGGCUUCGCAAUUGCUUACUGCCUCGUUCGUUCUCUCUACAACUUGUUCCUUCACCCGCUAGCAGAGUUUCCGGGCCCGACAUGGAUGCGGAUCUCCCGGCUGCCAUUCUGCUACAAGCUUCUGACGGGGACCCUCCCCUUCGACGUGCUCGAACUGCACAAGCGGUACGGCCCCGUGGUGCGUAUAGCACCUGACGAGCUCAUCUUCCACGAUUCGCGCGCAUGGAAAGACAUCAUGGGCCACAAGGGCCAAGGCGAUGCGGAAAUGGAGAAAUCGCAAAAGUUUUAUCGCUCUGUCCCCAACGCUCCGUCCGAUAUCAUCAAUUCCGGUCGCGAGGAGCACUCCAACCUGCGCCGUGCGCUGGCGCAUGGCUUCAGCGAGCGCAGCAUCCGCCAUCAGGAGCCUAUUGUCAAGGGCUACGUUGACCUGCUCAUCAAGAGGCUCCACGAGCAUGGGCAAGGCGGCAGCAAGGCACUAAACUUGGCAGCAUGGUACAACUACACGACCUUUGAUGUCAUUGGCGACCUCGCCUUUGGUGAAGCCUUUGGGUGUCUAGACAGCUCGGACUACCACCCAUGGGUCAGGUCAAUUUUCCAGAUGGUGCGUUUAGGCACAGUGUUACAGACGGGAACCCACUACCCAUUUGUGUUGAAACUUAUGAUGGCCAUGGUUCCUGAGAAGAUGAAGCGCGAAAGGGCGCAACACGGGGAGUUUACUGAGGCAAAGUUGAAGCGACGCAUGGAGCUCGAACAUGAGCGACCUGACUUGAUCGAGGGCCUCCUGAAGAGAAAGGACGAUUGGAAUAUGAGCUUUGCAAAUCUCGAGUCUAACAGCAGCAUCCUCAUCAUUGCCGGAUCCGAGACCACGGCAACUCUGCUAUCCGGUGCUACUUACUACCUACUCAUGAACCCCGUCGCUCUCAAAAAGCUGACGGAUGAGAUCCGAUCGUCCUUCGAGGACGAGAGCGAGAUUGACGUCCAGUCAGUUGGUAACCUGACCUAUCUGCUCGCAUGCCUCGACGAAGCACUGCGAAUAUACCCCCCAGUACCCAUCGGUCUACCCCGUAUUGUUCCCCGGGGAGGCGCAAACAUUGCAGACCAUUAUGUUCCCGAGGGCACCACGGUCUCCAUCUACCAGUGGGCCAUGUACCACUCCGAGAAGAACUUCCGUGAUCCCUUCAGCUUCCGUCCUGAAAGAUGGCUGCAAGAUGCAGCUUUCGAGAGCGACAAUAGGGAGGCAUUUCAGCCAUUUCAUACUGGACCUCGUAACUGCAUCGGCAGAAACUUGGCGUAUGCUGAAAUGCGGCUCAUCCUCGCCCGCGUUCUCUGGAACUUUGACAUUGAGAUUGCCGGCGACAGUACCGAUUGGGCUUCCAGGCAGAAGAUCUACAUAUUGUGGGAGAAAGGACCGCUUAAUGUCUACUUGAAACCGGUUCAGCGUUCUUGA